UAGGGAGAACAAAUGCAACUCGGUAUGUGCGUACCCCUGGCUGGUGAGAGCUGGGGCUUUUCUGGAAGAAGCUAUUUGCAGCUCACCACGGGCCCUCCUUCGUCUGCAGCCGCGGAGCCCAUCCACCGCACCCUCCGGCACGCAGACCUUGCCGCUUUCGGCUGGGCGGGCCCAGAGCCGGAGAGUGGCCGCAGACGCGCCUUGCCCGCACAUCCUCUGCGACGAGACUCAGGUCCCCUGUGUGGCUACUGAGCGGUGGGCGUGGGGGCUUUCCUGCUGGAGACAGGAAAGUGAGCAGCAGCGGGCGUGAGUGAGACGUCUGAGCGAGGCCCUAGCUCCUCCACCAUCGGUCCAGGAAAGAAGCCCCCAGGAGGGCCCUCCUGCGGCCAUCUGCUUCCUCCUGUCCAGGACAUGCUGGUUUGCCCAGAAUUCAUGGAUCGCACCCAAGGAGCUCAUCUCCGAGAAGGGCUGGUGGGACACCGGGGGCACGUUAUUCCAUCAACCCGGGAACCCUGCGCAGGGACACUGCCUUCCUGGAGGGAAGCUCCCCCAGCGGGCACAGCAGUGACCUCUCAGAAGAUCCUGGGGCCCAGGGGGACCGCUGCAAGCACAACUACAGAGAAGUGUUCUACGUUUCCCCAGGGUACAUAAUGUGGUCUUUAACAGCAAAAUCCAGUAAAAAAUAAAGGAAAAUGCCUGACAGGGAUAAAAACAUAGGAGAAAUGGGCCCCUUGAGGCCAGUGUGACUUACGAGUCCAGCCCGCCAGCCUGAGCCCAGCCUGGAAGGACCAUGGAUGGCAUCAUUGAACAGAAGAGCAUGCUGGUGCACAGUAAAAUCAGCGAUGCUGGCAAGAGGAACGGCUUAAUUAACACCAGAAACUUCAUGGCCGAGAGCAGGGAUGGUCUGGUGUCCGUUUACCCAGCGCCCCAGUACCAGAGCCACCGGGUGGUGGCCAGCGCAGUGCCGGCUGUCCUGGACAGCAGCAGGAACGAGCCCGUGCAGCAGCUUCUGGACCCCAACACCCUGCAGCAGUCCGUGCAGCCCCACUCCCGGCCCAACAUCUUCCUGUACUCAGACGGCCUGCUGCGCUCCUGGGGCGAUGGUGUGGCUGCCGACUGCUGCGAGACCACCUUCAUCGAGGACCGGUCCCCCACCAAAGACAGCCUGGAGUACCCCGAUGGGAAGUUCAUUGACCUCGCGACCGAUGACAUCAAAAUCCACACCCUGUCCUAUGACGUGGAGGAAGAGGAGGAGUUCCAGGAGCUGGAGAGCGACUACUCCAGUGACACUGAGAGUGAGGACAACUUCCUCAUGAUGCCGCCGCGGGACCACCUGGGCCUCAGCGUCUUCUCCAUGCUUUGCUGCUUCUGGCCCUUGGGCAUCGCGGCCUUCUACUUGUCCCACGAGACUAACAAAGCCGUGGCCAAGGGGGACUUACACCAGGCCAGCACCAGCUCCCGGCGGGCCCUGUUCCUGGCAGUGCUGUCCAUCACUAUUGGGACCGGCGUCUACGUGGGCGUGGCAGUGGCCCUCAUCGCCUACCUCUCCAAGAACAACCACCUGUGAGCUUCCCUUGGGUGCAGAGCAGAAGCACCGGGCCGGGCGUGGGCGCAGAAGCCGAGGCGCUGGCCCGGGCAGACCCCGCAUGAUGCUGUACAGAACAGAUGAUUGCCAAGCGAUGCCAGGAAGCCCUGGGAUUUUCUACCAUGGAUCUCUUUUGUUUUUACCCUCUAAUUUCGUUUUCACAGCACCGUGUAGAGCACCAGACAGACAGGCACUGCUAAUCCUUCCAAAGGCAAGCUCCAAAGAUCCUGACCCGCGAGGCUGUCUCUGGAUGGAUUCUGGUGGAUUUACAGCAAUGCGGCUCUCUGCAGUGCCCGAAUGCCACCGCAUUAGCAAUAUACAAACACCAAAAAAUGCGCUUAUUUUUUAUGGAAUACAGUGCAAUAGGCAGAGGGCAAGGGACACGUCAUUCUUCUGUCUGUGGCCCUGCUUGACUCCUUGUGUCCUUCUGGUCCACGCACCUUCCCUGCAGGAAGAGAAGGGGGCCCUGGUCUGCACACUGGCCUGGCCUGAGAAUGCAGGGCCAGGGACCCUGGCACGGGACCCGCCCGCUCCACCCCUUCAUGCCGCCCAGCCCAGGAGCGCCGGGCCUCCCCCAGAACAUGUCCACACUCAGCAGCUACCCCACAGCAAUACGCAAUCCUGGGACGUUGUCAAUCUAGGAUGGGGAGACGGGCCACAGCCCUCGGCGAGACUCCUCCAGAAUGAGCCCCAUGGUUGCUCCAGAAAUCCCGGGCAGCAGAGCCGUGGGCACCCUCAGCAUGGAGACACCAGGGGUGCUUCUCCAGUGACCGCCCUGGCAGACGCUCACCUGGUGUUGAGCAGUGACACUAGUGACCUGGAAUCGAGAUGGGCCUUACUCUGUUGACUCAAUGAAUAGCUAUUUUCUUGUCAUUUUUUUAAGUGCAACUCUUGCUUCCUGCUGCUUAAGUUAUCAGACAUAUGCUGAGGAAUAAGUAAUCACAGACAUUUUAAUACCAUUUCAUUGCUGUUUUAUGAGUGUUCAUUACUUAACAAAAAUUAUCUUUUA